CCGGGAUUCCAUUUAUUCCCUGACAGCCCACAUCACAUGGACGGUUGUCUAUUAACUUGUUUCAAAAAAGUAGCAGGACUUGUCACACGCUCAGGGAGGGAGAGCAGUUGGCUCAGCUGCCCGAGAGCAGAGAGAGAAAGUGAGGCAGCAACGGCGGCAGCGGCGGCGGGAGAGAGAGAAAGUGAAGAGAGUUUGGGAAACUGUGUGUCAGUGCCCCCCUGAUUCCGCCGUGCCAGGCUUUGCUACCCACAGGCCGCCUGAAUGUACAACAUGAUGGAGACCGAUCUCAAGCCCCCCGCCCCCCAGCAGGCUUCGGGGGGCAACUCCAACUCGGGCUCCAACAACCAGAGUAAGAACAGCCCGGAUCGAGUCAAGAGACCCAUGAAUGCCUUCAUGGUAUGGUCCAGGGGCCAGAGGAGAAAGAUGGCUCAGGAGAACCCCAAGAUGCACAACUCAGAGAUCAGCAAGAGACUGGGGGCUGAGUGGAAGCUGCUCUCCGAGGCCGAGAAAAGACCAUUCAUCGACGAGGCCAAGAGGCUGCGAGCUCUGCACAUGAAGGAGCAUCCGGAUUAUAAAUACAGGCCCAGGAGGAAAACCAAAACCCUCAUGAAGAAGGAUAAGUACACUCUGCCUGGGGGCUUGCUGGCUCCUGGGGCCAACCCCAUGACUUCUGGGGUAGGGGCCAGUCUGGGGGCCGGGGUCAAUCAAAGGAUGGACACUUAUGCCCAUAUGAACGGCUGGACCAACGGGGGGUAUGGCAUGAUGCAAGAGCAGCUCGGCUACCCCCAACACCCGGGCCUCAGCGCUCACAACGCGCCCCAGAUGCAGCCCAUGCACCGCUACGAUGUCAGUGCCCUGCAAUAUAACUCCAUGAGCAGCUCGCAGACUUACAUGAACGGCUCGCCUACCUACAGCAUGUCCUACUCCCAACAAGGGGCCCCGGGCAUGUCCCUGGGAUCCAUGGGCUCUGUAGUCAAGUCGGAAUCCAGCUCCAGUCCACCUGUAGUCACCUCUUCUUCCCAUUCACGGGCUCCAUGCCAGGCAGGGGACCUCCGGGACAUGAUCAGCAUGUACCUACCUGGGGCAGAAGUGCCAGAGCCCGCAGCCCAAAGCAGACUGCACAUGUCCCAACACUAUCAGAGUGCCUCAGUAGCGGGCACAGCCAUCAAUGGCACGCUGCCUCUGUCGCACAUGUGAAAGGCAAUACUGAAGGAACUUUUAUAUCCAGAGCCUGGGCUAGAGGGGGACAAACUGUGGCCCUCCACCUGUUUCUGUACUACAGCUCCCAGUAUCGUCUGUCUAGAGUGUCUGAGAGUUAUAGUUCAGUAACAGCAGGAAGGCCAAAGGUUGGACCUCACUGUUCUGGACUCGUUUUUGGACUAUUUUUGUACAGAAGAAAACAAAAAUCUGGGGAGGGAAAAGGGAACUUGUAUAGAACGAGAGAAAGGAGAGAAAAAAAGAGACAAAACAUUGAAAAUUCUAGGUAGGAACUUUGCAGAAAAGUUUGCAGACGCCCUUCCCAAUACUAUUAGCUCUAGUCUCACAGUGAUGAGAAAUCGUUUUAUUAUUUGCGACUUUUUUGUACAGUAUUUAUCAGAUAAACAGGGCAGUCAGAAUGGCCAUUGUUUAUAAGCUGCGACUUUGCCAAUCUUUUUACAGUCAUAGGUCAAGGAAGCCCCUCUAGAAAAAAGCUUUUCAAUAUGGGGGGAGGGGUACCAAAUUUGGACAAGCGUAAACGUUUCAAAAAUGUUCUCAAAUUAACUACCAUGCACCUGAUAUCCCAUAAUAACAAGCACAAGGCACAAGAUGUACUUUUUCUUACAAAACCCCCAUAUUGUUAGAGUAAGAAAUGGCCGCUAUGAUUCCAGCAUUUGUUAAUUUAUAUAUCCGGCUGCUGUCCAACUCUUCCGAUUUAAAAAAAAAAAAAAAGAAAGCAACGGAAACAUGAAUCUAAUGUGUUUGAAAUAUUUUCUUAUGGUUUGUAAUAUUUCUGUAAAUUUAUUGUGCUUAUAUUUUAAGUUUUUUUUUCUCUAUCUCAUUUUCAGUAGAUGUAUUUUAAUGACUCGGCGCUGUAUUAUUUGGAUCAGUUUGCCGAAAGUCCUUGUAUAUAUAUAUAUGAACUAAUCCAACCCUAAUAACAGGUACAUUUUCAGCUUAAGUUUCUACACCAUUAUUCACAGUUUGAGAUAAAUAAAUUUUUGAAAUAUGGAAUCUGAUAUCAAA